CGCCCACCAGCUGCUCCUCGGAGCACAUUGUUGGUUAUUCUCUCAAGAGUUGUGUCCCAGGAAACACUUGGUGAUAUACUCUUGGUGUCCUGGUCCUGUGAUACGCGGCAAUUAAGGAAAACGUUCAAGAUUUGGGACUCCAGUUCGGUCAAAUUAGGUUCUAGGGCAUGGCUGGUCGAUCCAAUUAUAAUCCGGAACGACAAUUACGGCAGUCUGCUAACGAUGUUGCUGACAUGCUGAGGCAGUUACAGAAUGCUACUUUAGAGAAUAGUCCAAACAGGCGUGGAAAUUUUCGAGGAAGGAGCCGAGGAACUCCCAGAGGAGGCAGGAAUCCCAUUCAAAAAAGUCAGAACGUCCAAGGAUAUGACUACAGCGGUUGGGAUCAGAGAAGGGGAGGGUACAAUAGAGGCUCCUGGCAUCCUCCAGAAAAGUCAUGGCAUCCUCCAGAAGGGUCAUGGCAUCCUCCAGAAGGGCCAUGGCAUCCUCCAGAAGGGCCAUUGCAUCCUUCAGAAGGGUCAUGGCAUCCUCCAGAAGGGCCAUGGCAUCCUCCAGAAGGGUUAAGGCAUCCUCCAGAAGGGUCACGGUAUCCUCCAGAAGGGUCAUGGCGUCUUCCAGAAGGAUCACUGCAUCCUGCAAAAGGGUCUUGGCGAAAUCAGGGUGGAUAUGGAAGCCCUCCUCCCAAAGAACCAUAUAGAAGACCCAUCCAACUCACUCCUCGAGUCCUGGUGGAAUGUUUGGCAAAAUUCAGCACCUUCUCUGCUAGUCUCUUGCAGCUCAUGGAAGAAAAAAGUUUUCAGCCAUCUAAUGUGCGAGAAAUUGCGUUAACCUCAACCAAAAUAUUUUAUUUGAAUAAUGAAGUUUUGGAGCUGAAGCCUCAAAUCAAGAUAUGCACAGCACACUCAGGUACACAAGGAUGCCUGAGGCGUUCAUCCUGUGGUGAUCUACAUAUUUGUCCUAAUUAUGUUCUAACAAAAUGUCAUGAAAAUAAUUGUGUGCUGGGUCACAAAUGGAUGACAGAUCACAACAUGUCUGUUUUAAAAAUAUUCUUUCUGGAUCGUCUUCCUGUCCCAACUCUGCGCAGUUUAAUUCAGUCAAUGUCAAAGCCAGUUGAUGCUGGAAAACUAGAUGUUUGCAGCAGCUAUAAUGAAGGAGGCUGUGACCAGUCUGAUUGUGGAGCCCUCCACAUGUGUCUAAGUUUUGUUCUGGGACUGACAAAAUGUUCCCGCCGUGAUUGUCGACUAAAUCAUAAAUUGUUGAGUCCUGACUGCUACCAGUUGCUGAAGACUCAUGGUCUUCCUACCAAUGAGUCCCCUCGCGACAUUGUUAUGGCUGUGCUGUCUGCCAACCCUACUCUAGCAAAAAAAGAGGAGUCUUCUGGUGGGCAGGAGAGGAAUUCAUCUCGACAAACAAUUAAAAAACACACAUCAGUUAAGAUUACUGAGGAAGUUUCCACAAAGACUAACAAACGCACUGAAAAAAAUAAGAAUAAUCCCAGAAAGAAAGCAUCCAGAAAUCUGACACACAAAAAAGAAAGACAAGCCAGCAGUAAGAGUGAUUCUUCAUCAGAAAGUGAAUCUGAGAGUGAUAGUAAGAGUGACAGUUCAUCAUCAGAUGAGGAUAAAAAUUCAGAUAAAUCAGUCAGUAAUAGCAGAACACUAAAAUCAAAUACUGACACUUCAAAGGACAAAAUAUCUGGCCAAGACAAACCAUCUGAUCAUGCUGAAACCCUUCCUGUAAAACAGGAAAUCCGUCGAACGUUAUGGUCACACUACUUACAGGGUGAUGUUCCAAUACCAGAAAUUUGUUACUACUCUGUAGAAGAAAUGUGCAAGUAUGAGGGAAGUGGAUGCCACCGGCUUCACUCAACACAACACUUCCAUUGGCAGGUCAGUGAACAAGGAAAUCGAUGGCUGAACCUGCGCCCUAGUCAGGUGACUUGCCUCGAACGGGCCUACUGUGAUCCUUCACAAGAUGGUGUUGACCUUCCUCGACUUGAUCCCGCUACCCUCGAAAUCUCUGUUGGAGGCCUUCUUAUUUUGAUGGGACGUGACAUUUGGCAUGCGAACUUGAAAGCAAUGAACUUAACCAAUUCAUCCAAAACAAAGAUCUUGAACAUUCGUCGUCUCUGUACAGAGGCAAUCUCUAACCAAGUAAUAAAACCUGCCACUUUUACUUGGUAUUUUUUGGACAAGAACAAGAAAUGGGUAAAGUAUGGUAAUGUUGACACUGUCGGAGAAGCUAAUUUAGUUAGUAGUGUGACAUCAGAUGACAUUGAAAAACAUUUUAAGCAAAAUCCAUCAGUGUCUCUCUCCUUUAAGAAUUCACAGUUCACGUACAUGCUUGAUUUCAAUGCCAUGGCGCAAACCAACCAGAAUACUAAUGUUAGUCGAGAGGUGCGACGAAGGCCUGAACCUCACCUUCCUGAUGAGAAGACAGAGAAGGGGAAGGACCAGAAGACUGAUGAUUUUCCCUCAAGCUGGGAAGUAAUGCAACCAGAGGAGCGUGUGCGUCUGGUAGCUCUGGCUCCCACGUCUUCUGAGUAUCUGACUGUGGUAGGCCUUCUGGCAGGGAAAAUUCAGAGCUCCAGUGUGAUGAAAAUUGAAAGAAUUCAGAAUCCAUUCCUAUGGCGAGCAUUACAGAACAAGAUCAAGGAAAUGACAACAGUUUAUGGAGAUGCAUCUAAAGUUAACAUCUUACAACUCUUUCAUGGCACUGGGCAAAAUGUUGUGUCCAGCAUUUGUGCUGAAAAUUUUGACUGGAGACUUCAUGGAUCUAGCACAGGGCAAAUGUAUGGGCGAGGCACCUACUUUUCCACGGAUGCAGCUUACUCUUACAACUACUGUCGUCCUGAUAAUACUGGCAUGAAAUACAUGUUUGUAGCACGUACUGCAGUAGGAACAUCUACCGUUGGGAAUGCAUCUAUGGUGCGACCUCCCACCAACACAGCCACUAAUCUUCCUUUUGAUUCCACUGUUAAUAAUCAACUUAAUCCAACAAUUAUUGUGAAAUAUGACAAACAGGAGUACUAUCCUGAGUACAUUUUAACUUUGACUUAUAGUAAAAUCUUGGCAAACUUUCAUAUAUCACAACUACACUACUGUUUAAAGAUGAGUAGUGAAGCUUUGCAAGAACUGACGGAGAAUGAGAGUUCUCAGGAGGUGAUCUCAGAGAGCCAGAAAAAUUGCAUCAAACAGGUUGAAGAAAUGGUCGAACAAAUGAGGAGUGUUCCGAGUUUUGACUGGGAAGACGAUGUUAAUGAUCCAUUUGAGAAGGCUAUAGCAAAAAGUGGAGCAUCCCAUGAAAGACCAAGGAGUGCCGAGGAAACUGACAGAAAUAAUAGAGGAUACAACCGUGGUAGGGGCAGAUUUCAAAGGUCUCGAGGGAAUUUCAAUCGACGAGGAUCUCUCCAGAAUCACAGAUCACAACUGGAGAGUGAUAGCAGUAGUGAAAUUGAUUUCAGAGAAUUCCCAAAACAACAGUCUUUGAGAAACCAAGGUAGAAAUUUCAGAAAGAAUACAGGUAGACAUCUGAACAGAAGAGCCAACCAAAGGAACCAUGGAUAUAAUAGUUAUGAUAGUGACAACUAUUCUACAAGUGGGGCCUUUAGUGAUCAGAAUGAGGAGAGCUAUUCACCAAGAGGGUCGCAUAUGGCUAAAAGCGAGAGGAUCAGCCCCUGGAGUCUGGUAGACUGUUUAGCAGAGUGUCCUGAUUUUCGUGCCAGUCUUCUUCAGCUUUUAGAAUGGAAAAACAUGAGUCCAUCAGCUGUACGUGAAGUUGUGGUGGCAAAUGGACAGAUCUUCUCUUUAAAUGGGGAGACUGUAGAGCUUUGUCCAAAAGUAAGCAUUUGUUCUGCUCAUUCUGGACCCCACGGGUGCUUAAAUCGUUCCUUAUGCAGUGACUUACACAUGUGUCCCACUUAUGUUACAAGCUGGUGUUCAGACAAAAACUGUGCAUUAGGCCACAAAUGGUUCACAGAGCACAAUAAAGCCAUUUUCCGGAAAUUCUACCUUGAACGUUUGCGAUAUCAAUCCAUUGGGAGUCUUAUGAAGAGCCUGGUGAAGCCUGAUAAACCCAUUGGUCAGUUAGAUAUAUGCCAGUACUAUAAUGGGAAUGGCUGCAAUAAUAUGAAUUGUAAUGCUCUUCAUGUUUGCCACAGCUUCUUGAGUGGACUAACAAAGUGCACUCUCCCUGGAUGUAAACUUAAUCAUGACUUAUUAAAUCCUGAGUGUAGUAAAUUGCUGAGAGUUUAUGGUUUCUCAACUAAUGAAGCUCCGCGAGAUGUGGCUGUGGCUCUGCUUGCUGCCUAUCCUUCCCUAGCAAAUGCAAACCCAACAAAACGAUCAUCAACAAUUUCUACACCACCCAAAGUUCCACCCAUACAGGCUAAUACAUCUGCUAUCACUACAAAACAACAGCAGGAUGUAAGAGCCAUAGGAAAUAGCAAGUCUAAUGAUACAGGUAUAUUUUCUCUGCUUAAGCAAAAAAUUACUGGUAGUUCAUCAGACAAACAAGAUUCUGCAGAGUCAGUAACAAACAUUAACAUGAAUGAUUCCAAAAACCACAAGAAGAGAGAGAUUUCAGAUGGUGAUCAAAAGAGUCCAGUGAAAAGAAAAGAUAAGGCAGACAGGCCUGUAAGAAAUAGCAAAGGGGAUAAUACAGAUACUGCUCAAGAUAAGCAUUCAGCAGUGAAGAAGCCUGAGAAAUACCAGACAGUCUGGUCUCAUUAUCUCUAUGGUGAUACUGAAAUAAAUGAAAUUUGCUAUUAUUCUGUUGAGAAUUCGUGCAAGUAUGAGCGUGCUGGUUGCAAGAGACUCCAUGCUGCUCGUCAUUUCCACUGGCAGAUAAGUGAACAAGGAAGCAAGUGGCUGAAUCUACGAUCAUUCCAGGUAGAUUGUCUGGAGCACGCAUUCUGCAACCCAGCUAAUGAUGGAGUAACCAUUCCACGUCUGGACCCAGCAAAACUUAAUCCAUCAGUUAAUCAAUUACUUAUUGUAUUGGGUCGUGACACUUGGCAAGCAAACUUUCAGUCUUUGAUAAUAGCUAAUUCUGACCAGUCAAGAAUACUAUACUUGCGGAGACUGUGUACAGAGUUUAUCGCAGGACAGCAAGUUAAACCAAGCAUAUAUUGCUGGUAUUUUAUAGACAUUAAAAAAAAUUGGGUUAAAUAUGGAAAAGUUGAUACAGCAAAUGAAACUAAUUUAGUAAGCAGUGUUACAUCUGCUGAUAUUGAAAAGUCCUUCCUAAAGAGCCAACAUGUUCCUUUAACAUUCAAAAAUGCAAAGUACACUUAUGUUUUGGAUUAUAUUACUAUGACCCAAACCAACCAAAAUACAAAAGUAAGGAGAGAUGUGCGCCGCCGCCCUGAACCUCACCUCAAAGAUGAAAACCAAGUGAAUAGCAAAACCACAUCUGACAACAAAACAUCUGAGCAUUUACCAUCUACCUGGGACCCAAUGCAGCCAGAAGAACGUGUUCGUCUUGUGGCAUUAUCACCAACUUCCCCUGAAUAUCAAACAGUUGUGGGCCUUUUAAAGGGAGGUAUUGCUAACACAAACAUUACAAAGAUAGAAAGAGUACAGAAUCCCUUCUUAUGGAAAGCAUUACAGAAUAAGAUUAAAGAGAUGACAACUGUGUAUGGUGACAUAAAGAAGGUGGAUGUGAGACAGCUGUUUCACGGCACCCGACCUGACGUGAUAGCUAGCAUAUGUGCAGAGAACUUUGACUGGAGACUUCAUGGCUCCAGUUCUGGUCAAGCUCAUGGCCGUGGCACUUAUUUCUCUCCAAAUGCUGGGACAUCAUAUGGUUAUUGUAGAGCAGACAGUGCUGGCUUAAAGUAUAUGUUUAUAGCUCGUGUUGCAGUUGGAUCCAUUACACCAGGAAAUUCCUCAAUGGCCAGGCCACCUAUCAACCCAGCUACAGGUGCACCAUUUGACUCUACUGGGGAUGGGGUUUCUGUAGUUGUUAAAUAUGAUAAACAGGAGUAUUAUCCUGAGUUUGUUCUUACAAUGAGGUGAAUAUCAUACAUUUUGAGAGUAGUAAAAUUUGGGUAUCUUGACAAAUCCAUAAAUUUGAUAUAUAGUAUUUGGAUACUAUUUAGAGUGCUCCCAUGAUGACACUUUUCAAAACGCUUGUGCUCUCUUAAGAGUGGAGUACUGCUGCACAAUGACAACCCCUUUCAAAGCUGGAGAAAUUGCUGACCUGGAGAGCGUGCAGAGAUCCUUUACUGCUAGAA